AUGGUGUUUGGUUGGGUAGAUUUGAAUGUGGAAAAUUUGGUCAAAGAGCUGAAUAAAACUGACAACUUGUUAGUUUCUAAUCAUGAAGGAUCUAUCUCUAGCUUAGUAGAAGAUACAUGGAAAAACUUGGAGUACACGAAAAGUUUAUUGACGCAAAAAUCUAGACAAGUGUGGCUUAGGGAGGGGGAACAAAACUCUAGAUUUUUCCAUCAUUAUAUGAAGGAAAGAUAUAAAAGAAAUCACAUAAAUGUGGUGGAUUCUUCUAAUGGUAGAGUGGAAGGGGUGAAUGAAUUGGAAAAUGAUGUAAUGUGUCAUUUUGAAAGUUUCUUUAAAGAAAGUAGAAUGAGCAAGUCAGUCCCAGAUGGGAUAGAAUUUAAAUGCUUAUCUGAAGAAGAAAAUAAUUCUUUAGAGGAACCUUAUUCUGAGUGGGAGAUUAAGGAGACAAUUUGGAGUUAUGAUGGUAGUAAGAGUGUUGAUCCAGAUGGAUUUACCUUUGAGUUUCCGAAGAAGUGUUGGGAAACAAUUAAGGAAUAUGUGUUUAAUUUUGUGAAAGAUUUUCAUUCUAAGGAAAAACAAAACUAA